GCCUAGGGAGGAUUAACGCAAUGAUUUGGACUGCUUGAACCGCAAUGGAGGUUUAAUGAGGAGCUCUAUGAAUUCUGGUGUUUAUUUGUUCACAACUUUUACGUAGUCGACUACUUGAGCUCUUAAUAUUCGUCGACGUUUUGACGUUCAGCUGUAACCCGAAAAAAGGCUUGGGGGCUUCUUUUAAAGUGUUUCUUCGUAUGUGUUUGAGGAAUGAAAUAAUCUGAAGCUAAAGCUAUGUAGCUAGCAAAACUCAUACAUUGGCUAUAGUGACCUGUCAACUUGCACCCUCUUAUCAGUCAUUUAAUAAGUUUGCAGGCAUGACCGAGUACAAGCUUGUGGUGGUCGGUGCAGGAGGCGUUGGCAAGAGUGCGCUCACCAUCCAGCUCAUCCAGAACCACUUUGUGGAUGAAUAUGAUCCCACCAUUGAGGACUCCUACAGGAAGCAGGUGGUGAUAGACGGAGAGACCUGUCUGUUGGACAUCCUGGACACUGCGGGACAGGAGGAGUACAGCGCCAUGAGGGACCAAUACAUGAGGACAGGGGAGGGCUUCCUCUGCGUGUACGCCAUCAACAACACCAAGUCUUUUGAGGAUGUUCACCUCUACAGAGAGCAGAUCAACAGGGUGAAGGACAGCGACAGUGUUCCUAUGGUGCUGGUAGGCAACAAGAGUGACCUGAGCUCACGCUCCGUGGAGACACGACAGGCACAGGAGCUGGCCAGAAGCUACGGCGUACCCUUUGUGGAGACCUCCGCCAAAACCAGACAGGGCGUGGAGGAAGCCUUCUACUCGCUAGUACGAGAGAUCAGAAAAUACAAGGAGACCAAUCGCAGCAACAAGAAGAGCAAGAAGAACACUCAGAGACGUUGCAUGAUACUAUAGCAACACACACACACACACACCCCUCCCUUAUGCCAGGUAGGUACCAUCAUCUGAAAUGUAGUUUUCCAUUUAAUGCUGUGAACUUUUAAUUUUUGAAGCCCAAACUAAACGUUCAGUUUGCAGCAUUUUUUUAAUUUUAGGUAAAAAACAUUGUUGCUCCAGUAAAUAGUGUUGUUGCACUUUGACUGAUGACUCAUUCAGGACAAAAGGCAACAGGCCGGUGACAUUCAUGGGUAUUGUUUUGUUUUUUGCUCUUGAUUUUUGGCACAACUCCAUAAAAGAAACAUUUUGAUUUUA